AUGACUACCAUAAACCACACUGGUGUUAGCCACACAGUCUUCCAUUUGCUGGGCAUUCCUGGCCUAGAGGACCAGCACAUGUGGAUUUCCAUCCCCUUCUUCAUUUCCUAUGUCACUGCCCUGCUUGGGAACAGCCUGCUCAUCUUCAUUAUCCUCACAAAGCGCAGCCUCCACGAACCCAUGUACCUCUUCCUCUGCAUGCUGGCCGGAGCAGACAUUGUCCUCUCCACGUGCACAGUGCCACAAGCCUUGGCUGUCUUCUGGUUCCAUGCUGGGGAGAUCUCCCUGGAUCGCUGCAUCACUCAGCUCUUCUUCAUUCAUUCCACCUUUGUCUCUGAGUCAGGGAUCUUGCUGGCGAUGGCGUUUGACCGCUACAUUGCCAUAUGCUACCCGCUGAGGUACACCACUAUUCUUACAAAUGCUCUGAUUGGGAAAAUUGGUGUAACCAUCUUUCUCAGAAGUUAUGGUACAAUUUUUCCCCUAAUAUUUUUGCUGAAAAGACUGACAUUCUGCAAAGGCAAUAUUCUCCAGAACACAGAUUGUAAACACAUUGUCUUGGCCAAAAUUUCCUGUAAUGACGUCAGAGUAAAUAUCUGGUAUGGUUUUUUUGUCCUAAUGUCAACAGUGGUCUUAGAUAUUGUGCUAAUUUUUAUUUCUUAUGUGUUGAUUCUUCGUGCUGUCUUCCACAUCCCUUCCCAAGAUGCUCGGCACAAAGCUCUCAACACAUGUGGUUCCCAUGUCUGUGUCAUGCUCCUCUUUUAUGGGCCUGGGAUCUUUACCACCCUUGCUCAGCGAUUUGGACACCACAUCUCACCCCAUAUCCAUGUCCUGCUGGCCAAUGUCUGCAUUCUGGCUCCUCCUAUGCUGAAUCCCAUCAUUUAUGGGGUCAAGACCAAACAGAUCCGGGAGCAAGUGAUUCAUGUGUUGUUUACAAAGCAGAAGUAA